AUGCUUUUCCAGAAUAAAGAAUCUCCAGUAUUGGAACAAUUCUCCUUAAAUGGAAAAGUUUCUUUGAUUACAGGCGGUCUGAGAGGUAUUGGUUUGGCUGCCGCAAAAGGCUUAGCAGAAGCUGGAUCCCAAAUUGCAAUUACUUACAAUACAUCGGGAAGAGAUUAUAUAGCUGAAAUUGAGAAGCAAUUUUUUGACUUAGGAGUUAAAUUUAAAGCUUAUCAGUGUAAUGUGUCUGAAAAAGAACAAAUAAUUAAAUGCGUUAACCAGGUUCUUGCAGAUUUCAAAAGAUUGGAUGUUGUGGUACCAAAUUCUGGUAUUACUUCUCAAGCGCCAGCUGAAGACUUCAGUGAGGAAGCAUAUAGGAACACUAUGGCUGUUAACUUGGAUGGUGCCUUCUUUACGGCUCAAGCUGCAGCCAAUUCUUUUAAAAAGCAAAAAAAAGAGGGUAAAUUAGACCAAGGAAGAAUUAUAUUCACAGCUUCAGUCUCUUCUCUAGUGGUCAAUAUCCCUCAAAAUCAAGCUCCAUAUAAUGCUUCAAAAGCUGGCUUAGUAAGAUUAGCAAAAUGUCUUUCCGUUGAAUGGGUCGAUUUUGCACGUGUUAAUUGCGUAUCACCGGGAUUUAUUACUACAGAUAUGCUUCAUUCUUUACCAAGCGAAUGGAGAGAUUCGUGGUUGUCAAUGGUUCCAGCUCAAAGAUUCUGCUUGCCUUACGAAUUAAAAGGUGUUUAUGUUUUUUUAGCUAGUGAUGCUUCUUCUUACAUAACAGGCGAUGAACUUGUUGUAGGUGGCGGUUAUACUUUAACUUAA